AUGGCGAACAACGGAGACCAACCCGCCUUCGUGCCCUUUACGAAACGCGAACGCAUGGAGCAGCUCGCAGAAAUCGACAAGGUCAGUCUCUUCUCCUACCAACGCUUCCCCCUGUACCACGCCAACCCAAGACAGAACAUAGUCAGUCUCCUCAAGUCCACAGCGCAGGCGCUCCAGAGCCUCAGCAAGCGAGAACCCCCAAAGGGCGAAGACACCGCCAUGGCCGACAGCGGCGGCGAUCAAUCGCAAGUCUUCAACUCCUCGAUGGAAGACUUCCUCCGAACGCUGCGGAAGGUCAAUGUCGGUAUGAAGCGGCAGAUAUGGGGACUCGAGGAGGCGGACAUAAUCUCGUUGCCCCAGCCGCAGAAAACGACUGCGUCGGCGGCGGGUUUCCGAGAAGAGGGAGCAGAAGCGCAGGCAACAAACAGCGCCCGUGGCGGUGCCUUGCAGCCCGACGGUGACGGCAAGAUAGGCGGGCUGGACGUGGGUUGGCUCAACAGCCGGAGCAACAAGGUCGAGAGGGAUAUGGAGGCCUAUCUGUGGGACGACGCUGAGAACAUCUUGCGCAAGCUUCUGGCGCACAGUGGUCAUGACCCGGAUGCGGAGAACAAGCAGACGACUUGA